AUGGUUCGCCCUUGCACCCCCGCCAUGGCAUGCAGGACGUUGUCCUCUUUGGAGCGUCCUGUGUGUCAUCCCACACCUCCGUCUUUGACACGGUUCAGUCGACUGCCUCUCGCCAACUCCCGUAUGGUUACGCUCCGCACGGCACGUCUUCCGUCUCAUGUCACUCGACACCCCAUCGUCACCGCCCGACCCGUCACGUCGCAAGUUGGUGUACGAAUUCUGGAUCUCGUGGAAGAUAGACUUCCGAUCCGCCCUGCAGUCUCGCCCGCUGCUACUGCUAUUGCCCGUUCAGUUUCUCAGCUCCCCGUUGCUUCCCUGGUAGAGCGAAGAGAAAAGCGACAGUCCCGGUCUCGUCCGUGGUUGCAACAGCGAAAGCACGUUGUACCGCCGACCGUGGUUCAAAGCCCUCCUGUUGUGCCUGAAUCAGCAACGGCCCCCCCACCGACCAAGCAUGUGUCAUUUGGAGAUGUCACUGUGCAUGAGGUCUCGCGCUGGAUUAAUCCGAUUUAUACCUCCUACCUGCCGAUCGCCAUCACCCGUCCUGUAAAGGCCGCUACCGGUAUUCAAUUUGCGGAACUCUUGAAAGGAUCUCGCCUUCCAAUCCGCACCGCAGGUGCCUAUCUUGCGCGCCCCUCACGACUGCCUGUCGAUCCCGUGGAUCUAUUAGAAGGAUCAUGCCUUCCAAUCCGUACCAUCCAGGCACGCCCUCGCACAUUCGUCCCAGCUGCUCGAACGGUUACAAGCUUAGUUUCUUCAACGCUCCCUGUUUCCAUGGUUGAGCGAAGGAAACUCCGUGAGUCUAGAUCUCGUCCGUGGAUCAAACAGCGCGAGCUGCCACAUUCGACGGCGAUUGAAGCUCGACCGAAGAAGUUCGUUUCAUUUGGUAGUGUGACCAGCAUGGUCGUCUCUCGCUGGAUUGAGCCGGAGCACGUCUUUGACGACUCCGCCCCCCCGAUCGUCAGCCCCCGACCUGUCUUGUCGGCUAGUGCUGCUCGAAUCCUGGAUUUCUUGGAAGGAUCAUCAGGCCUUCCGCUCCCCGUUGCCUCCCUGGUAGAGCGAACAGAAGCACGACCGGCUCGUCAAUGUCCUUCCGUUGUGUCAGGGGAAACAAUCCCAGUUGGUGUCGAUGAUUUGGAGCACUUUGCUGCUGCUACACCCGUGUGGGGACGCCCAAUCGAGUCUGCAUUGAGCUUUGCGCCACCCAGGUCCGACCCAGUCUCGACAGAUAUCGUUGAUUGCACGACUUUUGCGAAGCUUGAUCUUCGUGGGGUCAAGGAAGCAUCCCUUGUUGUGGAUUCCCGCCCGCAUGAUACCGAAUCGGAGACUAAGUUCUGGAAUGAGUUGGAGUUUGUGUACGGCAGCCCUUGUUCUGAGUCUGAGUCUGUUUACAGCCCUGUCUCGAGUGAGGAGUUUGUUCAUAGCCCGAUAUCCGAAGAGGAGUUUGUCCGCAGCCCUAUUUCCGAGUCGCCCGUUUACUCGCACUUGGAAGAGUUGACUGUCCACUGCUCUGAUUCUGAGGAAGAGCUGCAAAGCUCGGACUCUGAGGAUGGGUUCGUUCAUAGCCCCGUUUCAUCUGAGGAGUUUGUCCGCAGCCCUGUUUCCGACAGCGAGUGGGUCGAUAGCUCGCGACUGGAACAGAUGACUGUCCACAGCUCUGAUUUGAUGGAAGAUUUCGUCCGAAGCUCUCGUUUGGAAGAGGAUCGCAUCCCUCUGUUUGAGGAGGAUUUUGUCCACAGCCCUUGUUCCGAUGACGCUACGCCUGGUACCUGGCGAUGCAUCAACUGUGGCCUCAACCUACCACUUCCCAACGACUUUUCGCACGACGCAGUGUGCGUUUUGGCUCCCAAGUACAGUUCUCGUCUGUCAACCUGGGAUGCUCACCUCGACGGGCAAUGUGCUGGCGACAGUGCUUGCCAUUGGUGCGUGGUCGAACUUCAAGAGGACAGCCAAGACGAUGAGAACGACGAGUACUUACCAUAUUGA